ACACACGAGAGAGAACAAAACUGCUUGCGGUGUUUGUGUUCCAAUUUACUCUCCUCCUUCAUUCUGCAGAGGUCGAGGAUCCAGGUGUGGCUUUACGAGCAAGUGAACAUGCGGAUAGAAGGCUGCAUCAUCGGCUUUGACGAGUACAUGAAUUUGGUGCUGGACGAUGCAGAGGAGAUUCACUCUAAGACAAAAUCAAGGAAACAGCUGGGUCGGAUCAUGUUAAAAGGGGACAACAUCACUCUUCUACAGAGCGUUUCUAACUAGAAUUUGCCAUCCUUAGAACAAAGGUGGCUGCCGUGCUGCGGAGUGACUGAGUGCCAGGGGAACGCGGCCCGCUGGUAGGUAGGAAGUUAUUUGUAACUGGGGUUGCAUGCUGCGGUAAAAAGUCCUUCCUUUGUGGGAGCGAGUUUUUUGUAGCUUGAAACAAUACGUGAUGUAUUUCACAAAUAAACAUUUUCACAUUAACUGUAAAUG